UCGGUUCUGCCCCCCUUCUUUUCGUCUACUUCCGACUCUCUCUCUUCCGCUCUCUCUUUCUCAACUCUCUCUCUCUCUCUCUCUCUCUCUCUCUCUUGGAUUGGUGAUGUUUCUCGAAGGAGGGUAUGGGAUAGGUACGCCGUCGGGGAGUAUGCAGAGGCUGUCGUCGAUGAGGGAUGUGAGCUAUAGUUGUGGGUCUUGUGGUUAUUCACUGAAUUUGAGUUCUUCACAUCGGAAUACUACCAACAUUGGGACAAAGUAUAGAAAAGCUAUCAAGAAGGGUAUUGUAUCCUUCUAUUCAAUUGAUGAGAGCAGGUUUGCUCAGAUUGAUGAGCUUAGUUGUUUUCCAUACUUCAAUUCAACACGUUCAUGGGGGCUCUUCAGGCAUAAGACAAAGCUGCAAUGCCGCCAGUGUGGGAACUUUGUUGGCAGUGCUUAUGAGGAGGUUUCACCUUUGCCUUCAUCUUCUAUGGGGUCAGAUGUCUCUGAUUCAAGCUCGAUCGGGAAUUCUAAGAAGUAUAACAUCAAAAUUAGUGCACUUCAGCCAACCUCAGAAGAGUCGGGUACUGCUCUUAUAGUUCGUUGAAGUUUGUGAAUAUGUUAUAUUUUCCCAUUUCUAUUAUUGUUUAUGUGAAAAAUUGCCUGACCGUUGAAAUCUAGAUAGAGUUUUGCUGGUAUGAAAGGUUUGAUUAGUUGAUUGUUCUUAUGUAAGAUGAGUUUGCUAUACAUAAGCCUGCUCAUCAUGGGCGUGUGUGAAGACCUGCAGGGGAUUCCAUGAUGAAUCUUGCAAGGAUAUUGUUUUUUUUUUUUUAAUAUUAUUGUAAAUAUGCCUCAUUCAGUAAUAAAAUUGCUUCUGGUUUGCAAGAA